UUCGUUUCAAUUCAACAUCCGCCAACAAAAAACCACCCAGUACCAACAGCCAACAACACAAAGAAGGCAAACUUACAGCUUUUUUGAAGAGGAUCAGCUCUAGAAAGUUAAGUCUAAAAAGGAAGAAGAGUUUAAAGAGUUCAGAGAAUGAAGGCAGAGUUAGAGUUGCCACCUGGUUUCAGAUUCCAUCCUACAGAUGACGAAUUGGUGAAUCAUUAUUUGUGUAGGAAAUGUGCUUCUCAGCCUAUUUCUGUGCCCAUCAUUGCUGAGAUUGAUCUUUACAAGUUUGAUCCAUGGCAGCUUCCAGAUAUGGCGUUGUAUGGUGAAAAAGAGUGGUAUUUCUUUUCUCCAAGGGAUCGAAAAUACCCAAAUGGGUGUCGGCCGAACAGGGCGGCUGGAACCGGAUACUGGAAAGCGACCGGAGCCGAUAAGCCCAUCGGAAAGCCCAAGACACUGGGCAUAAAAAAAGCACUCGUUUUCUACGCUGGUAAAGCCCCACGCGGUGUCAAAACCAACUGGAUUAUGCACGAGUAUCGCCUCGCCAAUGUUGAUAGGUCCGCCGGCAAGAAAAGCAACAACUUGAGGCUUGAUGAUUGGGUGUUAUGUCGAAUAUACAACAAAAAGGGAAGCAUAGAGAAACAUUUUCCGAGUGAACAAAAAUCGUUAAGUUACCCAGAAAUGGAAGAUGAGAAACCGGACAUCAUAAUGAAUGGUCAAAACAUGCAACAACCGUGGUCGGUGAUGGCGAUGAAGAACGAUGUAAUACAAACGGAUGGUUCGGAGUCGAGUUGGUCGGAGCACGUGCCGUCACCGGAAAUCACGUGGGAGAAAGAAGUGAAAAGUGAAGGGAGAUGGAAUGAGCUUGAUUUCGGGUUGGAUUUCAUAGAUGAAGACCCAUUUGCCAGUCAAGUUGAUUACCAAAUGGAGCAACUGUCACCAUUGCAAGACAUGUUCAUGUAUCUACCCAAGACAUUUUAAGCCAACGUAGACCAAAAAUCCUACAAUUGUGGGGUCCAAUCCAAAUUAAAAACAUUUUUAAUUUAGAUUCAUGCACACACACAUUGCCAAACGAACAAUGGGUCAAAUUCAAAUUCAAUAGGAGGGGGUGGGUGACAAACAAUUGGAUCGCUCGAGGGUGUAAUAUAAUAUGAGCCGUCCAUUUUCUUCAUUUUGAAUAUUCAACGAAAUUGUAGGAAUAUUCUUGUAAUAUAUGUAGACCAUUUUUUUCAAAUAUGAAUAUUAUGAAAUAUGCUAUGUUGCUAUUUCUAGAA